AUGAUUGCGAAGGAAUCGGAAUCGACACCCGAGUCGUGGCAAAAGAUUCAUGCUGCCAAAAAGGCUGAACAGGAUGCCCGAAUUCCUCAAGAAUGGAAACUGAAAAAGGAUGAUUUUCCACCCACCAACACUGUCGACCUUCGUCCGGUGGCCGCUUCUUGUGGCAUUCUGUCAGAGAGAGAACUUUUGAUUACGGGAGAAAAAUAUGAUGCCACGUCUCUGGCCGCGGCUCUUGCAGCUGGCACAUACACUGCCGUCGAAGUGGUCACCGCUUUCUGUAAACGAGCUGCAAUUGGGCAGCAACUUUGCAACAACUUGACCGAAAUUAUGUUUCAAGAUGCCAUCGAAGAUGCCAAAAGACUGGACAAAUCCUUUCAAGAAACCGGCCAAACAGUCGGGCCUCUUCACGGCUUACCAAUGACGUUCAAAGAAUGUUUCCAUGUCAAAGGAUAUGAUGCCAGCAAUGGCUAUAUUUCGAGGACAUUUGACCCAUCCACUCACACCACUCCGCUUAUUGAGCUGGUCAAAUCCCAAGGUGCUGUCGUGAUUGCCAAGACCAAUACUCCUCAGACCAUGUUAGUGGCUGAGAGCCACAAUAACGUCUUCGGACAGACCAAGAACCCCGUAGUGAGCCACUUGACAUGUGGAGGAAGCAGCGGAGGGGAGGGUUCCAAUAUGGCAUUCCGCGGAAGUGCCUUGGGUAUUGGAACGGAUGUGGGAGGUUCAAUUCGCAUUCCCUCGGCUGCAAACGGCGUAUAUGGCUAUAAACCUAGCUUUGGGAUCCUUCCCAUGAUUGGAUAUGCUGCCUCGGGUUGGGUGGGUGCCAAUACGGGGGUCCCCGCUGUUUGUGGUCCUCUGGCUCAUUCAGCUCGCGAUCUGACUCUGCUUACCCGAGUGGUCCGAGAUGCAAAGCCCUGGCAAUUCGAUCCAGCUAUCAUUCCACAAGUCAUGGAAAACGGUGCACAGUCUCGAAAGCCCGUAGUCGGUGUCAUUCAGAAAAGCGGAUUGACACCACAUCCGCCGGUUCGUCGAGCCAUCAAAGAAGCCGCCGAAAAGCUCUCCGCUGCCGGAUUUGAGGUCAAGCCAUUUGUUCCGCCAGACUUUGACGAUAUUCGCAAAGUCACCAAAGAGCUUUUCACGCUCGACUCUCUUUCCUACCCCAAAGGUCAAUUGGAGAAAGCAGGAGAGCCUGUUGUACCCUCGGUUGAAAAGAUUGGAUUUUGGAGCAUCCCAAGAAAGAGUCACGAAGAAGCAUGGGCUUUGAAUGCCAAGAAGCUGGCGAUCCAAAAGCAGAUGCUUGAUCGUUGGCAAGAAGCUGGAAUUGAUAUUGUGCUCGCACCUGCCGGUCCACACACUGCCGUAUUACCCGGAGACUGGACAAACGACAUGUACACAGUGGCUUGGAAUGCGGUCGACUACCCGGCGGUGAUCAUACCAUUUACCACGGCGGAUCCCAAGUUAGAUCUGAAGGACGCAGAUUUUGCUCCGAUGCAUGAACUCGACCAAAAUGUCCAAGCAUUAUAUGACCCUGGGCUCAUGGCGGGCGCCCCCGUUGCGCUUCAACUCGUUGGGCCUCGUUUAGGAGAUGAACAAUUGCUGAAAGACGUGGAGACCAUCGACGCCGUCUUGAACUGUUAG